AGCUUUGGAUUCGGUUCGGAAUCAGGUUCGGCCUUUUCUUCUGUUUCUCCGUUCUCACCUCAUCUUUAUCAUUGUUUCUGCUAUCGAAUUUCUGAUCUUUAUUCUCUGCCAUGGAUUCAUAUUCUGCGCUAUUUAUCAUUUCCUUUGCUUUGUACCUUAUUUUACAGUUUAAGCGCUGUCUGAGUUGUUGUGUGGUUGCCUCUAACUAUAAUAUGUAUUUAUUUUCUGAUUCAUGACCGAUUAUGUUAACUUCCCUGAUUUGAUUAGUCCGUUUUAGAUCAUAUCUGUCCCAAUCCCACAUCUGCUCUUUCAUUCUCACACGUCUUUUUGGCUGCUGAAAAUUUGUCCCUUGAGUCGUUCAUUUGAUGUCUGGUUCUGGAGAACGCAUAUGUAGAUAUAGAUAACACUCACAACGAACAAAACAUGUUGUGCUUUUAUUAAUAUGAUAUAAGAUGAAUCUCAUGAACAUAUAAUUUACUACAAUGGGAAGGAAAAAGACAGAGGAUGCAGGCCCAUCUGCUAAAACUAAGGGAAGUAGCAAAGAUGCUUCUAAGAAGGAAAAAUUUUCUGUCUCUGCCAUGCUGGCCAGUAUGGAUGAAAAGCCUGAUAAACCUAAAAAAGUCUCUUCCUCUAGUAAGCCCAAGCCAAAAGCUGCUCCAAAAGCUUCAACAUACACUGAUGGUAUUGAUCUUCCUCCAUCUGAUGAUGAAGAUGAUGAAGUUCUCUUGGAAGAUGAGCAACAGCAAAAUAAUGUGCCUAAGAGGUCCAGUCAGACUCAGAGGCCUGAAUUGAAGCCACUUGAGGUGUCUAUUGCAGACAAAGAGUUGAAAAAGCGUGAGAAGAAGGAUAUUUUAGCUGCCCAUGCUGCAGAGCAAGCAAAGAAGGAAGCUCUUAAGGAUGAUCACGAUGCUUUCACUGUGGUGAUUGGAAGCCGGGCUUCUGUGCUUGAUGGAGAAGAUGAUGCUGAUGCUAAUGUCAAAGAUAUAACAAUAGAAAAUUUCUCUGUGUCUGCUCGUGGUAAAGAACUUCUGAAGAAUGCAUCGGUGAAGAUAUCUCAUGGGAAGAGGUAUGGUUUGGUUGGGCCCAAUGGAAAGGGGAAGUCCACACUGUUGAAGCUUCUUGCUUGGAGGAAGAUACCAGUACCAAAGAAUAUUGAUGUGCUUUUGGUCGAGCAGGAGGUAGUCGGUGAUGAAAAAACAGCACUUGAAGCAGUUGUUUCAGCUAAUGAUGAACUUGUUAAAAUUCGACAAGAAGUUGCCUCUCUGCAGAAUGCAGCUUCUAUUGAAGAAAGUGUAGACAGAGAUAAUAAUUAUGAGGAAGAUGAUACAGGAGAGAAAUUAGCAGAGCUUUAUGAAAAACUACAACUGAUGGGAUCUGAUGCUGCUGAAGCUCAGGCAUCAAAGAUUUUAGCUGGUUUGGGUUUUACAAAGGAUAUGCAGGGUCGUCCAACAAAAUCCUUCAGUGGUGGCUGGCGGAUGAGAAUUUCUUUAGCUCGAGCACUAUUUGUGCAACCAACUCUAUUAUUGCUUGAUGAACCCACAAAUCAUCUUGACCUGAGGGCUGUUCUCUGGUUGGAAGAGUAUUUGUGCCGUUGGAAGAAAACUUUGGUGGUUGUCUCACACGAUAGAGAUUUUCUCAACACAGUUUGUACUGAGAUUAUUCAUCUUCAUGAUUUGAAACUUCACUUCUAUCGUGGAAAUUUUGAUGAUUUUGAGAGCGGGUAUGAACAGCGUCGAAAAGAGAUGAAUAAGAAGUAUGAAAUUUAUGACAAACAGUUGAAAGCAGCUAAAAGGAGUGGAAACCGGGUUCAGCAAGAAAAGGUUAAAGAUCGAGCUAAGUUUGCAGCAGCUAAGGAAGCUUCUAAAGGCAAAGGCAAGGGCAAGGUUGAUGAUGAUGAUGCCCCCCUAGAGGUACCUCAGAAGUGGAGGGACUACAGCGUGGAGUUCCACUUUCCUGAACCUACUGAGCUCACACCUCCACUUCUGCAGCUUAUUGAAGUGAGCUUCAGCUACCCAAACAGGGAGGAUUUCAGGCUCUCAAAUGUUGAUGUUGGCAUUGAUAUGGGAACUCGUGUUGCCAUUGUUGGGCCUAAUGGCGCUGGAAAAUCUACAUUGCUAAAUCUUCUGGCCGGUGAUCUGGUUCCGUCUGAGGGUGAAGUUCGAAGGAGUCAGAAGUUGAGGAUAGGAAGAUAUUCCCAACACUUUGUGGACCUUCUAACUAUGGAUGAAACACCUGUUCAGUAUCUUCUUCGUCUCCAUCCAGAUCAAGAGGGACUUAGCAAGCAGGAGGCUGUCCGGGGAAAACUUGGUAAGUUUGGGUUACCUAGUCAUAACCAUCUUACUCCUAUUGCCAAACUAUCGGGAGGGCAGAAAGCCCGGGUGGUCUUCACAUCAAUAUCCAUGUCAAAACCCCACAUUUUAUUGUUAGAUGAACCCACCAAUCAUUUGGAUAUGCAAAGUAUUGAUGCAUUGGCUGAUGCACUGGAUGAAUUCACUGGUGGAGUUGUUCUUGUUAGUCAUGACUCAAGAUUGAUAUCACGUGUGUGUGAGGACGAAGAAAGGAGCCAAAUCUGGGUUGUGGAGGAUGGUACUGUUAAAACUUUCCCCGGCACAUUUGAGGACUACAAAGACGACUUGCUGAGAGAGAUCAAAGCUGAAGUUGAUGAUUGAGCUUCUUUUUCUGAGAACAAUUUAUUCACUGUGACAAUUUUCCAUAAUACAUCUACAUUCCUGCCUCUUGUAUGAAUGCUUUUUGUGAGACUCCGGUUUCUGGGAUUCCAAAUUUAACGUGAGUUCAGAAGAAUAUACAGGAACGUGUAGCUUAAAAUGUUAUGAUUAAAUAAACAUCCGAAAUUUUCCGAUUAUGUUGUUUCUAUGCGCCACCCUCCCUCUUUCUGCAAAUCACUACCUGAACAACGUGUCUUCUAAUUUAAUCAAACAUUUCUGAACGUUUGGCAGACAUUUUGGUAUGAAAGCGGAGAUUGAUACGUGUGUAGUGUCAACUUCCGCUUGUCAUUUUAUUCUUCUAUUGAAUUAGUUUGUAUUUGUACCAUUGAGUCGACGAAGGAACACUUCUCAUAGUUUUGAGGGUGCUGUCUAACAUGCAUCCUUAUUGUGUAGCCUUUGAUUAGCAUAAAAUUUUAUUUAGGGUUGAUAU